AGAAUUCACAGAAACUCAGAAAGACCCAUCACAUACAAGAAGAACAAAGACUUCUUCUUCUUCUUCUUCUUCUUCUUCUUCCCCCCAACCCACAGCUCUUCAAGCAAUUGCUCCCCUCUUUCCCUUCACCAUCUCUUCCGAUUUCUAGGGUUUUUCGUCUCGCCCUCUUCCCGCGUCGGCUCUGCGAACAUAUUUAUAUUCGGAUUGCAAUCGGAAGCUCGAUCUGUAAAUAGUUUGAUCGGAUUCCAGAACCGACAUCCAUGGAGGGAAUGGAAGAGAGCAAGAAGGCGGAAGCGCAUUUAACAUCUGCUGCGGCUUUCGUGGAAGGAGGCAUUCAGGAUGCCUGUGAUGAUGCUUGCAGCAUAUGUCUUGAAGACUUCUGUGACAGUGAUCCAUCAACUUUAACCACUUGCAAGCAUGAGUUCCAUCUCCAAUGCGUCCUUGAAUGGUGUCAAAGAAGCUCCCAGUGUCCUAUGUGCUGGCAACCCAUUUCCUUGAAGGAUCCAACCAGUCAGGAACUGCUUGAAGCUGUAGAACGCGAGAGAAAUAUAAGAUUGAAUCCACCAAGGAAUUCUGCCAUAUUUCAUCAUCCCACUUUGGGAGACUUUGAAUUGCAACAUCUGCCAGUUGGUAUAAAUGAAGCUGAACUCGAAGAGCGAAUAAUCCAGCACCUGGCUGCUGCUGCUGCAAUGGGACGGCGUCAUGUUUCUCGUAGAGAAGGUUCCCGGAAUAGGUCAUCAUCUCAAAGCCGCCCUCAAUAUGUAGUGUUUUCUAGUCAUCACAAUGGGCCAGCCACUGGUCCAACUGGCGCUUCCCCAACCCAAAGAGGAGAGGUUGAAGCAGGUCCAAUCGCUACACUAGCGACACCAUCUUCUCCAGUCAGAGGGGCUGGCGAGUCAUCUCCCCUUCCAAAUAGCAGAGAAGCAUCUCCCCAAGUGGUUACACCAUUAUCAACAAGUGGCCAUGCCGGUUCACCCGCUUCUGGCUCUGGUGUUGGUAUCAGCCAACACCGAACUUCAUCAAACACUGGAUACAAGGAAUCAAUUACGAAGAGUACAAGGAGUUGGAAGGAGAGAUUUUUUUCUCGCAGCUCUCCAAUGGCAGACCUCAGUUCUGAUGUUAGAAGAGAGGUAAAUGCCGGAAUUGCAACAGUUUCUCGCAUGAUGGAGCCUCUGGAUUCCAGAGAGAGAGAAGAAAUAACAAGCACUUCGGCAUCAAACGCAGAGGUCGAUACUAAUUUAGUCCGGGAAACCGAUCAUGAACAUAUAUCAGAAGCUGGUGGCAGUGAACGCAUUCUAACAGUAACGAGUACCGCCACCAAUGUGCAUGCUCCACCGGCUGCAGCUUCUGCAGCAGCAGCCUUAUCUUCGGCCUCCCGCUGUAGUGGUGUUAAUCGCAGUCCCCGCCGGAGCUACUUGCCGGCCUCUUCUUACCCCUUCAUUAAGCUCAAGAAGAUCAACUCUGGGAUUAGCACAAGAUCAUCAUUACGUGUAUGCUACGGCAGGUCAUCGUCUCCUUCAAUCACCCAUGUUCGAGUUAGCUGCCAAUCCGAGGCUCAGGACACAGCAGCAGAGCGAGUCGAAGCGAGAACAACAGUAGGGAGGAGAAGGUGCUCACCAUUCCUGGAGAAGAGAUUGCUGUCGGGGACCGGACUGGAGAGCGAUGAAUGGACAAGUGUUGCAGACAUUUGGAGGUCUAGUGCGGAGAAAUAUGGAGACAGAGUUGCAGUGGUGGAUCCAUACCAUCAUCCCCCAACUACUCUCACUUACAAACAGCUGGAGCAAGAGAUACUGUAUUUCGCGGAAGGAUUGAGGAUGAUGGGGUUGGAGCCACAAGAGAAGCUUGCCCUUUUUGCUGAUAAUUCUAGCAGGUGGCUUGUUGCAGACCAAGGGUCAAUGGCUAUGGGAGCAGUCAAUGUCGUGAGAGGAACAAAAUCAACUGCUGAAGAGCUACUGCAGAUAUACACUCACUCUGAUAGCAUCGCGCUUGCUGUGGACAACCCUGAAUUACUCAACCGAGUCGUGGGAACAUUAUGUUCAAAUGCAACAGUUAAGUUUGUCAUUCUGCUUUGGGGAGAGAAGCAAUGCCGGGAUAAGAUUGGAAUCGAGGGGUUGCCUGUUUAUAGUUACCAAGAGAUCAUUGAUUUAGGACGUGAAAGCUACAAAGCUUUAUCUGAUUCCAAUCAUACAAGGUCAAUGAAUAUACAUGAAACCAUAAGCUCUGAUGAUGUUGCUACACUUAUGUACACGAGUGGAACCACUGGAAAUCCCAAAGGUGUCAUGCUUACACAUAGGAAUCUAUUGCACCAGAUAAAUUCUCUGCGGGACAUCAUUCUUCCUGAACCUGGGAACAGACUUGUGAGCAUGCUUCCAUCGUGGCAUGCGUAUGAACGAGCUGGCGAGUACUUCGCUUUUGCAUGUGGUGUUGAGCAAGUCUACACAACUGUGAUGAAGUUAAAGGAUGAUCUGCGGCGUUACCAACCACAUUACAUUUUCUGUGUUCCUUUAAUAUUUGAGACACUCUACAGUGGGAUACAGAAACAGAUUUAUUCCAGUUCUAUGCUUCGCAAGGUUGUUCUACUUACUCUACUAAGGGUCAGCUCAACUUACAUGGACAUGAAGCGAAUCUACGAGGGAAUGUAUUUAACAUCAGAAGUGCAGCAGCCAUCACGUCUUGUUGCAUUGGUAGACUGGCUAUGGGCACGAAUAAUUGCUGCAAUAUUGCUGCCAGUGCAUAUGCUGGCUAAGAAGAUGAUCUACAGCAAGAUCCACUCUGCUAUUGGAAUAAGCAUGGCUGCCAUUAGUGGAGGUGGCAGUUUACCUUCACAUGUUGAUAGAUUCUUUGAGGCGAUUGGUGUAAAUUUACAGAAUGGUUAUGGAAUGACAGAGACAGCUCCAGUUACUGCAGCUCGACGACUUAGCCAUAAUGUUCUCGGUUCGAUUGGACAUCCACUUAGUCACACAGAGUUCAAAAUUGUAGAUGCUGAGACUGGUGAAUCUCUUCCACCCGGCACAAAGGGAAUUGUAAAAGUUAGAGGUCCGCAAGUGAUGAAAGGUUAUUACAAGAAUCCGCGGGCAACAGAACAAGUUCUGGACAAAGAUGGAUGGAUGAACACUGGUGAUAUAGGAUGGAUUGCUCCUCAUCAUUCAAUAGGGAGGAGCAGAAACUGCGGUGGGAUUAUUGUACUUGAAGGGCGUGCUAAAGAUACUAUCGUUCUUUCUACAGGCGAAAAUGUCGAGCCCUUGGAGAUUGAGGAAGCAGCUAUGAAGAGCAAUCUUAUUCACCAGAUCGUUGUUAUUGGUCAGGAUCAACGCCGUUUGGGAGCCAUAGUUGUCCCAAACAAAGAAGCAGCAUUGUUGGCUGCUCCAAUGGCAUCGAUUGUGGACGCUGAUGCUGAUGCUGCUGCACGAACCAAGGAUGAACUGACGAGGUUGAUUUAUGAUGAAUUGCGUACCAGGACAGCAGACUGCACGUUUCAGGUCGGUCCAAUCCUGAUGAUCGAUGAGCCUUUCACGAUUGAGAAUGGGCUGUUGACUCCAACCAUGAAAAUCCGAAGGGACAGAGUGGCUGCCAAAUAUGAACAACAGAUUGCCAAUCUCUACAAGCAGUAAUAUGUAUAUGCUUAUCAAACCGUGUGGUGGCGUGGCGGCCAAGUCAAUAUCUUGAGGAGAUAGGAAUGAAAAAGCUCUUUGAAAUUGUCAUCUCUGCUUCUUUGUAACAGGCUUGCAAAUGCUGGUAUUUACAAGCCUGGUGGUGGUCUCUGUUGUAAAUAAUUCUUUUUUAGUAUUUACUUCCUGUAGUGAUUGAUACCACAGAUGAUACUCAGAGAAAUUGAUACCCAGAUGAUAUUUUAAAGCAUUAUGGUGAUAUUUUAGC